CCCAAAAAAACCACACGUCUAUUGUAUUGAAAAUCAAAAUAUAAAAAUAAAAGAAGGAUCUUUACACAACUAAAGUUAUAUAUAUAUAUAUAUUUUUAUUUUAUUUUAAUUUAAUUUGGAUUUCUAGAUUUGUCUUUUUGGUGCACUUUAUUGUGAACUUUACUCGCCUCCUCCACUCUCAUCUCAUCCCAUCUCAAACCCCCCUCUCUUCCCUUUCUCUCUAUAAAUAUACAACCCUUCUUCAAUUCCCAUUUCUUCAUCACCAACUCAUCGCCAUGUCUCUCCAACUUCAUAUCCAACAAGAUGAUUUCGGAAUGUGUCCCAGCUUCAACACUUACUCCACCGGAUCAACAACCUCUGACGCCGCCCUAAGAGCCCGUGCCUUCUCUUUCUUCGAUUUCAAUCCUCCCCACACCCCAAACAAAUCAAACCUCCAUGAUCAGGAACAAUAUGACGACGAUGAUUUCGAAUUCGUCUCCCUUCAGCCACCUCCCGGUUUAACCCCUCCCGCCUUUCCGCUUUUCAAUUCCGAUCUUCUGUUUGAUGAACCUCGAGUUGAAACACCGGAAAUCGACGGUCGAGAUUCACCAAUCGUGCAGCCGAUUCGAAUUCCUUUAGAGAAGCUUCUAAUCCGAGAUCGCGAUAACAAUCCGCGGUCAUCUUCUUCUUCUUCUUCUUCUUCUUCUUCUUCGUCUUCUUCAUCGUCGUUGUCGUCAGUGGACGAAUUGGAAGGAGUUCCAUCCGAAACAUACUGCGUUUGGAAACCUAAAUCCAUCGGAACGCCGAAUCCGGCUUGCAAGAAGAGCCGAUCCACUGGAUCAUCGUCAACAAAGCGUUGGGGAAUCCGAGACCUUCUACGGAGAAGUCAGAGCGACGGAAAACAAUCGUACGUCUCCUUCACGCCAUCAACGCCUUCAAAGAAGGCAAAAGAAAUCAAAUCAGAGACAAAAUCGAGGAAGAAACCAAAUAAGUCGGGUGGAGAUCUUCUCUCUGCACACGAAUCGUUCUACGUGAGGAAUCGUACGUUGAAAGAAGAAGGUAAAAGGAAAUCAUAUCUUCCUUACAAAUUACAAGCCGGAAUCGGUUGGUUGUUGGAGUAAAAACGUGAUUUGAUUGGGCAGAGCAUUUAAUUUUUAAAGCUCUGUUCAUGCGAGAGAUGAGGUUCAUAUUUUACAUCUUAGUAUACAUUAGAAUGUUUAUGUUUAGAUAUGAAAAAAAGGGGAAAAUAAAGAUGAUCGAUGAACAAGUUUUUAGGUCAUCUUUGAACUUAUACAAUGUUUAGAUUAUUAGAUAUAUGUAUACAACGAGAGUAUUAAAAAUCGAUAUUGAUUUGAGAUUCCAUAGGGAACUUCGAUGGAAUUUGGGAUCAACUUUUGCUUGAUAUUACCAUUUUUUUUAGUCCAUGUUUCAUUUCUUUGAUUUUCAUUGUAUAUCAAUGCAAGAAAGAUAUCUGCGUGAUAAUAAGUUAUUAUGUGAUAACUUUUUUCCUUUUA